GCCAUUUUCAUCACAUUAGAAACGUUUCUAUCUUCGUCAGCCAAUCAAUCCUUCCCAGCUCUUCCAACCAGCAGCUCAAUAACCAAGACGAUGGACGAGACUGCAACGACGCUCAACGCCAAGCAACGCCGCAAGCUCCUGCGCGAGCAGCAGCGUCAACAGGAAGAAGUAUUAAACAUCAAGGCAGAUGUACCCAUCAAGCAGGUGAUGAAACAGGAGCAUACCGAGUCUGAAGAAUCUGAGAUUACAACUCAAGCCAUUGGAGGUGGUGAGCACCUGAACGCCAAGGAGCGGAGGCAUCUGGCGCGACUAGCCAAGCAGAAAACGGAAGAGGUUGCGCCUGGAGAUGAACCCGAUACCAAAGUGGCUACAUCCGCUUUCACUAAAGUGGAUACACUUGCCAAUGACGACCAGAAAUUGAACGCUCAGCAGCGCCGUCUACUCAAGCGCCAGGCCAAGCGCCAGGCCGACGGCGUAGAAGACAAGAAGCCUGCACAAAAGAAACAGAAGAAGAGCGAGGCACCGACUGAAGAUGGCAACAACCGCAAAAGUAUCCAUCUCACGCUGUUCGUGGGUCAACUGCCUUAUAGAGCCACAGAGGACAUGAUCCGUAGCCAUUUCGCCGAGGCUGGUGAGAUUAAACUGCGCAUGUUGACGGACAAAGCGACCAAAAGGUUCAAGGGUACGGCUUUUAUUGAGGUGAAGGACAGUAAGGCUCUGGGAGCCGCACUCUCUCGUCACCACACGCUGCUCCAGGGACGCCGUAUUAACGUCGAGUUGACGGCCAGCGGUGGCGGCAACAAGUCGGAGAACAGACGUAACAAGAUUGAUUUGUUGCGGAAGAAGCAGAGCAAUGUGCAGGUGGAGAAGACCAAGGCUUUGAUCCAGAAACACAUUGACGGUCCGGAGUACAAACUCAAGCAGGAGGACGUGGACGACCGCAUGAUCGACUUCUUGUCGUGGUUCGACUACGAGACGGCGAAGAAAGCGCUGGAGGAGUACAACCGCUGUGUCAAUGACAAGGUGAACAACCGCAAGGCCUUCUUCAUGGGCAUUCUCAAGCGAUUCCGACAGACGGACGGUGUCGAGUAAGUUCGAGCUCUGAGAACACGGUGAGACUGGUAUAGAUAAAUAGACAAUUUGCACCUCAAGUGUUGCAAUGAUGGUAUAAACGCCAUCAACUGGUACAUUCAUGACGCAUUGCGGUGGUCGAACGGUCCCGUCAGCAUAUACAGCGGCAAGCCGACAAUGAAAGACGUAACAAGCAGCACGAAAAUCGCCGAGAUCGGGUUUAUCAUUCUCGACAGGAGAUUGGAGACUUGCGCCGGCUUGAUCAAAUGGGAAAUGGCGUUCUGACGAAGCCAUAGCCACCGCAAAUCGGCAAAUUGUAGUUUGGUUCGUAAACAACAUUUUUAUUCUAUUGUAUCCAUUUCCAC